CGGAGCGCCAGCGCUGUCAUUGUAAGCGCGAAUACGCGGGUGCCCAAGUGAUCCGUUACUAGUCCACACUUUUAUAUUUUUCUACUUUUAUAUACAUACUACCUUAUUACUACAUUAUUAUCACAAUUAAUUGGUCGUAUUAUUAUUACACGGUAUAGUUGUUCGUUUAUUGGUUUUGCAGCAAGUUUUAUUUUCAACAAUUCUUCUAUUCAUCAAACGCUUUUGAUCACGUACCUAAUUUUCGAAUACAAACAUUGAAGACUAAAAAAGGAAUACAAAUCAAUGUUUAAUUAACCAUCACCGUUUUAAACCUAUAGAAAACCCAAAAACGUAACGCAUCACAAUGCAUAUUGAAGUUCAAGUAGCGUUAAAUUUCGUCAUAUCGUACCUGUAUAACAAGUUGCCCAGACGACGGGUCAACAUUUUCGGCGAGGAGCUGGAAAAAGCAUUAAAAGACAAAUUCCAAGGUCACUGGUACCCGGAGAAGCCGUUCAAAGGCUCGGCCUUCAGAUGCCUAAAAACUGGAGACCCGAUCGACAAGGUCCUCGAAAGGGCGGCCAGAGAAAGCGGCGUGCCCAUCCAAGACAUCUUGGAGAACCUACCUCAAGAACUGGCGGUGUGGGUGGACCCUGGCGAGGUGAGCUACAGGAUCGGCGAGAAGGGAGCCGUCAAGGUGCUCUUCAGCGACAAGUCCGACCCCCAGGACGAGCAUUCCGCCGAUAGGGAGGUCACGAAGACCUUCAACCCCGAAGCGCAGUGCUUCAGGCCGAUCGAGUCGGUCAGCUGCAGCUUGAAUCAACUGAGCCUUUCGCCAAAGAACAUCCCUCCGUUCCAAGGGAACCCCGUGGUGCCAGUCGUACCGCAGCAUCCGCACCCUCAUCAGCAUCAGCACCAGCAUCAGCAGCUCCCCAAUCCGUUGCCUCAGCAGCAGAACGGCAACCCCGCGCAAAUUCAGCAGCAGAUUCAGCAGAACCACAGCAUGCAGCAUUUGCAGACGCAUUCUACUGCUCCGUCGCCCACCCCGAUGGUCAAUGGGUCUUUUAAGGGAUCACCGUCGCCCGUGCCCGCUUUCAUACCGAGAACAACCACCCCGCUUACCUUCACCACAGCCACUUUUGCUCAAACCAAAUUUGGAAGCACUAAACUUAAAACUAGCAGCAAGCGAGCCAAUCGAAUGUCUCCAACAGAAUUCUCCAACUACAUAAAGCAGCGGGCCAUGCAGCAGCAGCUGCACCAGGCCCCCCCGCACCACUCCCCCGGCGGCGGCCGCGCCCUCACUCCCGACUCAUCGGCGUACUAUUUCCCCCCGCAAGGACCCUACGCGCCCCAGUUCCCCCCGCGCUCCGUGUAUGAGUCUUCCAAUCAGUUCCUGAGCCCCGAGUUGUAUUCCGCCAACACUCCACUAGCCCCGUUCUACCCCAACAAUGCGACCGUGGCGCCGCAAAGCGCCCCAACCACGCCCCAAGACAACACCGGCAAGCUGUUGGACAGCAACUGGCCCUACCAACCCGCCGGACAGUACCAACAUCUGCUUGUCGCUAACUGAGGGUCAUAGAUUUCUGUAGAUACGAAUUGCUAGUAAUUUUACUCUUUUGAAUUUAAAUGUUUGACGUAUUUAGUUUGUAGUACCUACAAGGUCGCCAGGAGAUCUUUAAAAGAGAAACCUAAGUUCUGGAGAUUGAAUUGAUCCAUAGUUGAUCGACAGAAGAUGAAUAAAAAUAUAGUAAGAACCUUUGAUUCAACAAAAUUGAUUAACUUUUUAGCGAAUCAAGGAGUUUGACAAUUUAAAAUUUGAUCAACUCCAUUGAAUCAAAAAUUCUUAUUAUUAAAAUUAAAAUGUCAGUUGUAGCCCUCCAGUUGUGAUGCGUAUGGUAUAUCAUGGUACCCUCCUUCAUUAACUUAAUAUACAUGAAAGAAACUCAAAAAGCCAUACAAUAAUUUCUAGAAUUAUUUUCUUUUAGUAGAAGAGUGGUCACCUUGUAUCUUCU